AUGAAAGAGGCGACAAAACCCCCCACAUCUUCACCGGCGCAGUCUCCUCGGACAGAAUUUUAUCUUACAUAUGAGGAUUGCUCUAUUUCACGGGAUGAAGGGGGAUUGGCUAGAUUGAAAACCUUCUUCUGCGAUGCCAAGUCUGAAUCGAUAUACUCCAGUGGCCCAGGUCUAGGGCCGUUUCCAGUCUUUCCAGAGCAACCUAUGCCACUAGAAGACAAGCAUACAUUGACGACCAACCUUUCAAAAGAUCAGCAAAGUUAUUUUCUUCGGCUGUUCUGCGACCAUCUCCAUCAACAAAUCCAGAUACUGACAUCGAAGCAGCUAAAAGAGCUAUACAACUCAAACUGGGAGCAGCUAUAUGAUAAACGUCCGGUUGAUGGUGCGUUGCUCGACUGUAUGAUUGCGCUCGGCAUCCAAUACGGGCAUCAUACAGGCCUUUCAUCCCGCAUCCUUGCGGUCAACGGAAACAGUUCCUGUGACGGCCCCCGACCAGGAUGGUCGUACAUCCGACGAUGCCGCAAGAUACUGGCGGGAUGGUCCAGGGUUAGCCUGGAGGUAUUACAAUGCGACCUCCUUAUCGCCCUGUUCUUGAUGCACGCAAGCAGCUACCAAGAAGCGUACCGUGUACUAGGGUGUGCCGUUCGAAAUGCUCUUAGCUUAAACCUUCAGUGUGAUCCAGCAGAGCACUUUUCGACGGUUGAGAAAACUCUACGUAAACGUCUAUGGUGGCUCUUGUUCGUCAUGGAUUUUCAAUGUUCGCGUCAGCUUGGAAAACCUCUUGCAGUCCAACUUAGCAUUAUUACAUGCUCUUUACCUGUUAGUGAUGACAGGGAGACUAAGUCCGCGACUGUCGAUGAGGAUGACAUAACUUAUCUGGCAUUCCUCACGCAUAUGACUAAACUGGCCAUUAUUUGGACUGAUAUACAACAGCGGCUUUCUAUGAACAAGGUAUACGAAGGGACGUGUAAUGCAAUAGUGCUUGAACACUGCGCUGAUAGAAUCUCAGCAAGUCUUCUUCAGUUGGAUACGUGGAUGUCAGAAAUAUCUGGAAGGUUUACCCCGCCAUCUGGCUAUUCGAUGGCUCAGACAAAUAUCGAGAAACAUGGAUUCGCGUUUGAACUGGGAGUACCACCGCGGAUUCAGCGCCAACGAAUUAUAUUGAUUCUUUGGUAUCAUGAUACGUAUAUCAUGCUACAGAGACCAUUUAUUUGCUUCGCGACUCCUGGGCAGGCUAAGGCACAGUAUCACUCCCAGAGCGCGCUCCAACAUUCACUUGUGGUGAUUAGUAUAGUACAUCAAGCUUUCUCGUCGUCAGAUAUUUUAUAUGGGUGGCCUGAGGCCAUUUAUAUUCUGUGGAACGCCACUACAGCCGUUUUAGGCUUCAUUCGCGUUAGCCCUGAACGUUCUCGCGUACCUUCGGCAAUCGCAUCGAUUAGGAAGGCUCUAUGGGUAUUUGAAAACUAUUCCGUCACAUGUGCCUCUUCUGUCAUGGCAAAAAAUGUAAUUCAAUCUCUUCUUUCAAAACUGAAUGUUUCCAUGGUGAACUUGGAUGAAACAGGAAUGGAUGCAGAAGUUCGGACAGCAACAUCAAAAACGUCGCAGCAAUUAGGUCUGCGUGAUUCGUCAAGCCCACUAUUGACGACACUAUCUUCCUCUCACGACGCCAUGGAGAUCAUUGGGCUAGAUGAUUUGGUGGGUAUUGAAAAUGGAAACUGGGAUUUGUCCUGGCCCACGUAUGAGGUUCUACAGGGAGCUUGA